AUGUCCCGCGACCGCAGCGUCACCGCACGCCUGAUGCGGCUCGCCGCAGCGGGCCUCGUCAUGGCCGUCGGUGCCGCCGCCGUGUGGGCGCAGGCCGCCGGCCAUCACUGCAUCCACGACAGGCUGCAGGCCCGCGUGUUGCAGUCGGUGGCGCAGCAGCGCAGGCCUCCCGGCAGCGUCUCGGCCCUCGGUCUGCCCUACGUGUCCGCCGACCCCAUCAGCAGCGCUCACGCCGUCGACUGGGCGCUGGCUGACAGCACGUCGCCGAGUGUCGCACACUCCCCGGACUGGGGCACGCUGCGCAUCCUUACUUCAUUGGAAGAUCUCAACGACCCCGACUGCUACUGCUCCUACGUCGGGCAGCUUAUCGACAACCAUCAGGGUGCCAUCGACAUCUGCGAAGCUGAAGACGUGCUCACGGAGGAGAAGCGCAACAUCCUCGUCACCUACCUCUUACCACUGGCGCUGCAGCUGCAUGUGGAGCGGCUGAAGGUGAGGCAGGUGCAGGGCACCUGGAAGGUGACCGGCAUGGAGGGCGACGUGUGCGGCACCUUCAAGGUGCCGGAGGAACACGUCACGGUAGGCGUCAGCAACACCGACUUCGUGCUGUACGUCGCCUCGGUGCCGAGCGAGCCGGGCGUGCUGGCGGCUGCUGUGAUCUGUCAGACAUUCUCCGACAGCCGACCUGCCGUGGGUGUCAUCAACAUCCCGGCGGCGAACAUUCGGUCACCCUACGACCAAUUAAUGGUGCGCACCGUGACGCACGAGGUGGCACACACCCUCGGCUUCGACCUCACCCUUUUCGAUGAACUGGAACUCAUUGAUGAAGUGAACAACUUGCGCGGGAAGGACUACGAAGCUCCUGUGCUCAGCAGCCCCACGGUGGUGGCCAAGGCGCGCGAGCAGUACGGCUGCCCCACCUUGGAGUUUCUGGAGCUGGAGGAUACGGGUGGUGGAUCUGCUGCCGGCUCGCAUCUUAAGGGGCGCAACGCCAAGGACGAGCUCAUGGCGCCUGUCUCGGCUGCUGGGUACUACACCGCCCUGACCAUGGCCGUCUUCCAGGACCUCGGCUUCUACCGGGCGGACUUCACCAAGGCCGAGGUGAUGCCGUGGGCCAAUCUCGCCAGCUGCGACUUCCUCACCAAUAAGUGCAUGGAGAGGAACAUCACGCAGUGGCCCGGGAUGUUCUGCAACACCACGGAGCCUUCGUAUCGGUGCACCAGCGACCGCCUUAAAAUCGGGAGAUGCAGCAUAACCACGUAUGACGACCCGAUGCCGACAUACUUCCGGUACUUCACCGAAACUUCUGUCGGCGGUCGAAUAUCGUUCAUGGACUACUGCCCGGUUAUCGUGGGCUACGGCACUGCUGCUUGCAAUCAGGACCCAUCGACGGCAUCGCCUACUGUAAAGGAGUUCAGUCUCUUCUCCGACUCGUCGCGCUGCUUGGAUGGAAACUUCGCACCGAAGCACAACACUGGUCCAUCUGACCACUACAACAGCUUGUGCGCCAACGUGAAGUGCGACAGAGCCCACCACACGUACAGCGUCCAGGUGUACGGCAGCAGCGGCUACGUCGCAUGCACGCCGGGCGAGAGUGUUGAGCUGGCCACGAUCAGCACCGCCUUCGUGGAAGGUAGCUACAUUAUCUGCGCGUCGUACGUGGAGGUGUGCCAGGCCAACAUCAAGGGGCUCAUAGACUUCGAGGGAGACGCUGCCGACACAGCGGCGGUGUGA